AUGGCAAAUGCUGAAGGCACAGUGCAGAGAAGAUCAGAGAAUAAUGAAAUUAAGACAAACAGGAAGAAGAUGAAAAAGGGUGUCUGCUCCUAUCAAAGUUCAUGGGCUGAUCUUCCUCAAGAACUUCUUGAUAUGAUUUCUAAUGAUCUGAAUAUAGCAGACUAUCUCAGAUUCGGUAGAGUUUGCAGAAGCUGGAGAACAUUUAUUUCAGAACACAAGCUCAAGUUCAUGUCAUCACAAUCACCUCUUGUUAUUUACAUGUCAACACGAUAUGAUGAGAAUUCUUGUUAUUUCUUUGACAUAAUUACUGGAAUGAGAUACAAAACUAAUCUUCCUAAGGACAAUUGGGACUUCAAGUCCUGUCUCGGUGUGUCGAGUGGCUACUUAAUCAUGUACUUUAUGAAGAGAGUUCAUCGUUUGGAGGGUCAUUUUUGCCUUAUAAAUCCUGUUACAGGACAUCAGCUUCAAUUUCCUUCCACGCCCUUUCCUCUUUAUAUUAUAAAUUAUUACAUUUCUAACAUCUGUCGUGCCAUCUUUGCUUCCAUUGGGUCUCAGGAUCAAGAUUACCUUAUUGUGAUUCUUUCAAGGAAGCUCGACUAUUUGCAGUUCUUCAUAUCUAGAGAUAAUCGGUGGAGAAAUCACUCCUAUUAUGUAAAAAACAAUAAUCGUGUUUUAGAUAUUGCUGUUUUUGAUGGCAGGUUAUUUGUUCUAACUGAGGAUUCUCAGAUUGGCAUGUUCAACCUGAGAUCUUGUAAUUUGAGGUUUUUGGAACUGAAAUUUGCGCCUCGUUUUGACUGGUAUAGGUCGAGGUUGGUGGCUUCAGAUGAUCAACUUCUGAUAGUAUAUAAUUUUGAAGUUUACAGAAUCGACUUUUCAAAGAUGGAAUGGGUGAAGGUGAAUAACUUGGGUGAGAAAGCUUUGUUUAUUGGUUAUGGUGACAAGUGCUGUAAGUUAAUUAACCCCACAGUGUGGGGAGGACGAAGUAACUGCAUAUACAUCCUUGAUGACGAGAAAAUAUGUGAAGUAUACUCCUUAAAUGGUGGGUUCCUGGGAAUUUUGCCUCUUAUGGGAAAGAAAUUUUGUCCUGGAACAUGCUCUUGGUAUUUCAUAAGCCAAUCAAACAGCAUAGAUAAUAUAAAGGAUGAUUAG